AAAUAAACUGUCGACUGAAACACAGAAAAGGCAGAGGAGAGGCACAAGAGCACUCGAGCAGGCCGAGUGCCGAGUGCGAUAUCCCGGUUUUUGUUUCUGCCUUUCCUCGUCGUAGCGCUGUUUAAUCCAACCUUCUGUGGAAUUCUAAUUUAUGAACAAUAACAGUAAAUUAUUUCACAGUGGACCCAGGACGCUAGAAAUAGCCCUGAAAUAUUGAACAUGUGAGUUAAAAAAAAAAAAAAAAACGUUAAGGAGAAGGGCGUAAGUAUUUCGAUGGAAACUGGAUUAUUUCAUGAACACAAAUUCAGUGAGAAAAAAGGACGUAGGCUACGCGUCAAAUGGAAAUUGUAUAUCCAACUUAAGGAAUGUUAUCUCAACAAUUUAUGAAACUUAAUACUUUAUCCUUCUAAAAAUGGAUUUGGUGGCAAUACUACAUUGGAUGGAACAAAUGCUUCUAACCUGUCUUUCAUCUGAACUGCGUUCGAAGUCUCACCCAAUGUCAAAAGUAUUGAAUUACUUUCCAGCAAACCGGUAACAGGCAUCUUUCUGCUCGAUACAAACACAUAUCUCACGGAAAAGAAUUGGCAAUGUAUGGUAAUUCGUUUAUCCGCGCGUAUUAAUAUGUAUCAAUUGCUUGUAAGCAGAUCUGCAAUUGCACCAGGAUGGAGAGAUCUCGGCGCUGGAGAUGACGCAAAUGACCCAGCUCCACCAAAAAGUGUUUCAAGACGAACAUGGCGGCAACUUAAGACAGGACCAAGAUGACUGUGGAUAUCAAAAGAAGAGAUCCAAGGCAGUCUGCCCAGAUACAGAACGGAAAAUCACCUGGCUAAAACAAUAAGACCCUGCUUUUUUCUCGCUGGACUCCAGAACAGGCGGCUUGUGGCUGUUUUACUAUAGCUGGUCUACGGAAAGGCAGAGCGCUCAGCCCAGGAGAGAGGGAGAGAGAGGCAUGUUGUCACAGAGAACUAGGUUUUUUCUCCGGAGAGCCAUGGAGAACGCGGAUAUGACAAUGCCUGGCUUAAUCUCUUUGGAUUCACUAAUUGAAUGGGAAUAGGAGAUCGCCGCGGAGAGAAGCCAGGAUCACUUGAAAUCCAACGUUUAAGGGGAAAUAACACAAGACAAUUCCUAAGUCAAUGAAUAUUGUGGCAAAGGAGCCCUCACGGUGGAGUCGGCCGGUGUUGCGCUUUCCCAAAAUAUGACCAGGGGCGCUUGGAUGUGUCGGCAGCAAGAUGACGGCUUAAAAAUCUGGUUUGCACCCCGGGAGAACGAAAAACCAUUUACUGAUCCAGAAAGGGCCCAGAAAUGGCGACUGUCCUUAGCAUCCCUCUUGUUUUUAACCGUUCUGCUAUCUGAUCACUUGUGGUUAUGCGCCGAGGCUAAACUGACACGGACUCGAGAGAAGCGCCCGGACAAGUUAGCAUUCACGGACAUGGGCGAUUACCAAACCGUCAACCACAUACUUUCACCCAACCUUCAUUCACCACACAGCAACCUCACGAAAAAGGGAAAUGCUAUUUUUAUAGGGAAUUCUACCAAACGUUUGUGGCGCCUAGAAACUUGUCAUCCCGAUAGUUUAUCUAAAAACUGCUAUACUUUUGACGAUGCCGAACCUGUGUGCAGGGGCCUUUCCGAAACGCAGGGGACGCAGUCGGUGGAUUUGAAUUUAAGCGAUUUUUAUCUUUCUUUUUGUAAUUCCUAUUCUCUUUUGGAUUUGUUUUACGGGUUGUCGAGUCCGGACAAUUUGAACUGUAGCCUUGACAUGAUUAUGGAUGGCAAUCUAGUAGGCUGCAGUCAGUGCGUCCAGGCGUACCAACGCUAUGACCAGCACGCUCAGGAGAAAUAUGAAGAGUUUGAGGUUAUGAUUCAGAAAUAUGAAACGGAUGUAUAUUCGGUGAGGACAUGCAUGGAAGAGUGUAAGGUUGCGUACAAACCUUGGCUGUGCUCCCAGUACUUCCAGGUGACGCAGAUGCAUUGCAGCAACAAGAUCUCGUGCAAGCAAUACUGCCUGGAGGUCCAGCAGAGAUGCCCGUUUAUACUGCCGGACAAUGACGACCUCAUUCACGGAGGAAGUCCCAGUUUUAUAUGUACAGGGCUUUUACAGAAACAGUCGACCAACACGGAAACAGAGUGCUGUGAUGUCCGAUGGGACUUCAAAGCGGACAGCCAAUCCAAAGGGACUUUUAAGAGGACUCACCCCUCUUGUCACCACCGGACGUCGGUCACGACAUCCGCGGCAGCCAGACUGUGUAACAGCAGGCUCAAGCUCUGCGUUCUGGUCCUGGUCCUCAUACUGACCGCAGCACAGAACUCAACAGGGCUCGCCAUUGGGUCAUUCUCAGCAGUGGAGGAGAGCUCCACCAAUGAGGAGUGAGGGGAACAUCCCCCUUCUGCUGGGAUCAGAGGAACGUGUCAAUCACCUCCCUCCCCCCGCGCACGGGCUCCCCCGAAGACGCCACCCAGCCUAGGUCUUGUGGGUAACAUCUGCAGGAUCUUCUGGGUAAUGGGAACGGGGAAAACAGAGUGUAUGACUGGAAAUGAAGGACACACAAACUAAAAAAAGAACAAGAAAACACCGCAGCCUUUGUAGAAUACAAAUGGCUACUUCAGAGCUGAGUUCUCUCACAACAUUUUAUACGUUGUGUUCAACUGUUUGAAUUGUGUUUUGCACUAGAUAACUACAGGAUUUUAUGUAUGUGCUCACUUGUUUGGUUUGUUGAUUUGUCAUUGGGCAUGAAGGAAGUCGCUUUUGGAAAUGGCUAGGUAAUUAACAGGGAAGUGUGUGAGUGAGUCAGCUUGUGUGUGUGUGUGUGUGUGUGUGCAUGUCCAUCUUGUUGUUUCUUUUCUGAUGUUUUGUUUAAUUUGCAAAUGAAGGUACACAGAAACACAAAAACAGAUGCUACUUUACCAUGAUGUGGCAAAUGAAGGUUGUUACUGGUGAAAUCAUCCCACGCCAAAGCACACACACAGCACAGCCUCACUUAUGACAGUAUUACUAGGCUGACCAGGUGAUGCAGUAGUCCAUCCAGGCUUAUUAAUACACGUCAGUUUUUUCUGUCUCUAACACAUCAUCCUGUCUUUGGGUGACUGCAAAUUAUGAGGACCAUUGUUUAAUACUAUGUAAGAUGAUGAAAAUAUCUACAUUUCAAGUAGACUGAGUCCCAAUGAAUCAUUUCAAUCAUGGGUGGUCACUGAACAGUCAUAACACACUUUACAAAACACAUGGUACCUGUUUACUUGAAAAAACGCUUAGUUUUGCCAGGUUAGUUGCUGUAAACUGCAUUUCUGAGAGUUUGCGUUGGUAAAUGUACAAUGCCAUAUUCGUAGCAAAAUCCUAAUUUCAUUGUUUGUCAUUUAUAAGCUAAAUAAUGGAUUCCUAAGAACAACACAAUUUCAUAUCUAAAAAGAAAAAUUCUUAAAUUAAUGUUGCACCCAUUCUGCUGACCGACUGAAAGUUUCACUUAUUUUUUUUUUAAUUUUUAUAAAGCUAGCUAUCAUAAAUAAUGUAGCAAUUAACUCAAAAAAUGUAGCUGGGUGUAUAAACCUAUAAUGCGAUUAAACAUUUUUAUUGCAUCACACUUUUCCAAAACUGGCUAACUAUGAAUCUAAAAAUCUGUCUAAAAAUUGAUUCUAUUUAUAAAAAUUAAAAAAAAAAUUUAAUAUACAUAUCAGAACAAAAAUCUGGUCAGCCUAUAUAAUCAUGUUCAAAGUGGGUAUCGGUAAGCUUCCUGUCUCUUUAUGUUACAGAGCAUGUGCAUGCCUGUGAGAUCUUGCUACUGCAUAUCACUUCCUGUCACACCAGCCAGGCCAGUUACACACCGAUACACACAGCUGUAAAACUGGGCCUUGAAACAGGAAGUACUUAGUAACAAUGCCAUGCUGUGACUCAGAGAUGGGUCAGUUUAGCCAAUCAAUAUCAGUCUGGGGAUCCUGUUUGUGUCCCAUUCAGCAACUCACCAGCUCAGAAGCAGCUCCAUGACCCCCCAGUUAUGUUUACUGUCCCGAAACCACUGCAUUUGUCUGUUGUGUAUAUUAAUGUCACAAGGCCAUGUAUUACAAUGGUUGAUUUAAUGAUUUAAACUCGAUUUUACCUUACCCAAAUGGCCGAGAAUGUUUUUAUUGUUCUUUCUUUUUUUUUUUUUUUUAGUUCCAGCAACACAUACAUUGUGUGACUCAUAAUAACAAAGUCAUUUCCCACUACCUGCUACACAGUGAAUGAAGAACAAAAAGAGUGUUAUAACUGUACCCUCAGGGUAGGUCAGCAGUGUGAAGUGAAAGAAUAUAAAGGAAAAAUAGAAGAAUGUCAUAGACCCAUGUCCUUUUUGCUGAACGUACAUUUGAUUGCAUUGAGUAAAGGGCUUACUAAAUGUUUACACAAACACGCACACAAACACACACAUAUGCACACAUGCACACACACACACACACACACACACGCAUACCCAUAAUCACACACUCGCUUGCGUAUAGUACACUAUUUGCAUUGCAUACGAACAUGCUUAAGGUCUGUUUAAAGCGCAUGCUUGAAGAGUAAACCUCAACGAGAACGCAUGCUUUCUAGUUGUUUCAUUCCGUGCUUUAGAAAAGAAUGAAGGAUUUUAAAACAUACCAGCAGAAGCAGAAGCCCAGAGAGGGGCUUUGUGUGGAAGAUUCCGGGUCCUUGAUGCACUGCUUUCAGUGUGAAGGAAGGAGUCAUAAGGGCUUAUAUUAAACAAGGUUUCCUUCCAUUGGUACCGCUCUGCAGUGGCUGGGGGUGCGGAUGUGAAAAUUGUAUCAGAGCACAGUGCCGAGGCACACACACACACACCGAUGCACAUGCGUACACGCACACACACACACACACGCACACACACACAUGUAUGUGCAUGUGCAUGCACACACACACAAGCAUGCACACAGACAAACAGGUGAGCACACACACACUUAUAUGAACACCAUGUGGUGUGCACAAGUCCCAGCUUGCAGUUCGGAAAGCUCUGCAUCAAGGUUUUCACAAACUUUUCAGCAGCCACUUAAAGCCAGUAUUCCUCUUUUCAAAUAUUUUUUGUUUGUUUUUCUUUUCUUUGAUACCGAAGUUAUUGAAAUUGUAUACAACUCAUUACAAAAAAAGAGGGCAACCUGCUUCAUAAAUUUCAUCUUUGUUUGGUAGGUGAGAAAUAAUUUGAUAGUUCAUGCCUCUGAAAGACCACAAGGCCAUCAAUGUCACUUGAACGCUAUUAAAGAUCUACUGCACAUUUGCAAUCUCUGCUGAACGGGUUCAGUGCUUCACCUGUCAGUCCCCAUCCAUCAAAAGCAUAACUGGCUGUCAGCUUUCAAAAUGUAAACAGGGUAAGAGCAACUGUAAUAACACCUUCUGGAAUUUAUGUAUCCAUAAUGUAUUGCAUUUCCAGACGUCUCAUCUCUUUUUAACGUACUGCAAGUCAGUCAUGUUACUUUGUUUCCAGCUAAUUCUGGGAAGCAGUAGCCAGAGGUGCACCCAUGUUACACAGAUUAAUCUCUUCACUCAGCUAUUUCUGCUAACUGCAUUAAUAUUUUUUGUCAUGGGUGAGUCAUGCGUGAAUUGACCCUUGUCUGUGUCAGCAGCUUGCAUUUGCUUGGUUGAAACUGAUUCUGUUUUGAGUUACAGACUGAAGGAAAAAUACAUUAUUUUGUCAUGCACCUCAUCCCCUGUUAAAUCUAACCCCUCUUCUAUUCCAUUUUUGUUUUUGUUCCUUUUUGUAUUGAGUCUCCAUGUAACAGCAAACAAACAUACUUUGCAGCUUCACCUAAUCUCCCAAAAUAAUAACAUAUGGCUCCACUGUGCGUAAGAACAUAGAAUACUUCGGCCUUGGUGGAAGUCCCCACAAGCCAUUAAAGCAGAUAAAUUAAGGAUUCCACUAGCUUUGUAAGAUGGCUUGUGUGAGUGGAACCUCUACAUUUCAAAGAUUCCCUCAAGAAUAUUAGUCUUGGUGCAUAAAAGAGUCAAAUCCCUGAAACUACAACAAAGUACUCUCUCCUCUCACCCACCAUCUACUUAUUAAUUAUCAACGUUUAAUAGAAUAAGGUAAUUUUUAUAUAACCUGAAGACUGAAAUAGUAUGCAUAAAUGCAUAGCGCAGUUUAAGAAACUAUUUUUGAAAAAAAUGCAGUAUUUUGAUAUUGUUACACAAAUUUACAAAUGUUUUGUUUCAGCUCAGAUUUCUGUAUUUUAUCUAUCAGUGUACGACAGACGAUAAUGUGUUAAGUAAAAAAGAGAACAUACAGUAAAAUAAGCUUUUUUAAAAGAAAAUACUCAAACCCAUUAAUGCCAAACAAAUGAACACGUUAGAAUGCAUGAUCAUUCCGGUAAUGCUAAAGUUAGUCAGAGUGCAAGAGUGAAUGUUUAGAAUAGGCUUGCCUGAUAAUAUUAUCUUGUCACGUUUUGGGUUUGUUCUUGUAGCUUGACUACAGUAAGGAAGUCACAACGAAAGCAUGUAUAAUCUCAAAAAUUUCCCAUUGUUACGCACAGCUGUGGCUGUUUUUGCUUAUCCUGUAUAAAAUUGAUGAAUUUGGGUCUACUACCGCGCAUGAUGUCGCAACCACUAAACUGCAUGUCUGAAAUGGAAGCAUCCAGGAUAUCCUGAGGCCUAGUGCUAGAAACAUCAUGAGCUCAUAAACAUCGCCACACUUCCCCAAUGUGCAUACGUUAUGUUGAAGGAAGGACAAGAAAGAUUUUGAGUACUUUAUUAUGCUUAUGGUGCUAUGCCAUCACCAGGUUGGUAUAGAUCUGUGUAAUAUGCAUUAUCUCCUCACAAAAUUCUGGUUGUAUCUGGUUGGAUGCUUAAACAAGAGGCAUUUCAAUCAUAUUCUUGCAAAUCCAAGUCUGUGAACUCCUGAAAGAAGGAUUGUAGCCCUUGGAGGUGCAAUCGUAAAAAAAAAAAAAAAUGUUCAGUGAAUGUUUCCCUUCUACUCCAGAGAAACAUACAGUGCCAUGUCAAGUUUAUGUCAGAAAACUAAAGUGAAGCAACAGAUUCCAAACUAGCCUCUCUAUGCUACACAUAAUAUAUAACACAGUAAGACAACAGGUAUCUGGAAACAGCUCAAUAUUCUCUCUAUCAUAUAAUACCCACUGGCCACAGAAAUCAUCAAAACCUAUUAAAUACUUGGCCUAGAUUACACAUACAUGGCACUGUAAACCUGGAAUUGAGACUCAAGAAGACAGAGAAGGCUUAUGUAAAAUAUUUCAGUCACUACAGGCUUGGUGUAGUAUGAAAGAGGAGAGACAGAAUUAUAUGAAAGGCUCAGUUUAUGAUGCGAGGAGUGAACAAACAUUUACACUGACUACAUUGUAUGACAGGGGCAGAUGAACUGAAGUAAAAUAUCUCUAAGCUUCAACUUAUCUAAUUAAUAUUAAUACAUGUUGAUGUUAGUAUCAUUUUCAAAUUAACCCUUAUGUGUCUAACUCAUUUUCAACAGUUUGUGCUAUUACACCAUUAAAGAGGGUGUUUAUCAAUGGCCCCUUUUAAACAUUUAAUUGAGAAUCUAUAAGCUGUAAAGCUGCUAUUUAAUAAUAAAAAACAUUUUCCCACAUAAAUUAUUGCACAUGAAAAAUUAAUGGCUUUCUUUCUAAUGCAAUUUAAAUAUGAAUCUAACUAAGCAAAAAGUGAUCCAGGAUAGAUAAUUGAUUAAUCUGGCAUUGCCAAUUUCAUGAACACACUAUUCUGUCAAGCGAGUCCCCAUUCUUACACACAAAUACUCACGCACCCACGCACAUACACACACUGUACCUUUUUUUAUUUUGAUUUGCAUGUUACUCCAAGCCAUUCCUGUGUGUUUUAUCAUUAUGUAUUGUAGUAACUUAAAGCCAUUACAUUACUCAAAACAAAAGGAGGAAAUGUGUGCAAUUGUUUAUCAUUGAGCAGGCAUUAGGUCCGUUUCUAACACGUGAGUGAAUGCAUGUGCUGUACAUUAGUACAGUCUUCCUGAAAACAACAUUUGAAUAAUUUGUGCUCAGACUACUUUUUCUCAGCCAAAAUGAAUUUCAUUUCAGACUCACGUUGUAUCAUACCACUUUUAUGUAUCGCAUUGAAACUACGUGUGGAGGAACUGACACAAUGUGAGGUUUUGCAGAAGUGAAUGGCACAGAGCUAAUGCCUACUUAAUGCAGAGUUCAACCAAAAAUACAAUCAAAUAUAUUCUUUAUUUAUGGUAUAUUUAUCUCCCACCAAAAUGAAGACAUAAUUAGAUCCCCUGUGGCAUUUUCAGUGGGUGUAUGGAUUCUGGAAACUGUUUAACUGUUAUUUUAUAAAUCCUGUGGAUCUAUGCAGUUGUAACCCUUGUCUUUUCUGUUGUAAAUACGUCACAAGAACCCUACAAGUUUGUCUCCUUUGAUGUGUUUUUUUUAUUUUUUUUUAUUUUUAUUUUUAAAGAGGUACAAUUUUAUUUUGAAAGUGCUGAAAAUUAAGGCUGUGAUUUCUGCAGAUAUGGACUGCGGUGUCAUGUGACCAGUAAGAGUGUCCUCAGAUUUUUUGUCCUUCAGAAGCGGAUGAGAUGUACUAUGUGGGAACAAUGAUGAUAAGGACCACACUUUAUCUUAAAGGCCUGUUUAUGUUGUUAAAUAACUAGUGACAGAUAGUCCAAAGUAACCUAUUAUAUUUGUUUAAGAAGCAAACAAAUUGACUACCUUUUUUUGUCUCUGUUCAUAAAAUUUGUUGUUGUGACCUGCCAGUGUCACAUGUUAAUUGGCCAUUUAUUGUAUGUAACAUUGCAAAUAAAUACAUUUAUUAAUGAAUAAAAAUAAUAAAAAAUUAAGUCAUAGCAAAUAUAUUUGCUGGUAAACACUAUAUACAGUCCUUUAACUUACCAAGUGUGUCCUAUAAAGUAAGAGACAUAUAGAGAUUAUUAUUAUUAUUAUUAUUAUUAUUAUUAUUACUAUUAUUAUUAUUAUAUAAGAAUAUUGUAUUAUGAUAGAUGCUUUAGUUGAGUAACUAUCUUUAAUUUUUUACAUACAACUUUGAUGAAAUUAUUUAUAAACCAACUCACAAGUCAUGAUCUUUUCAACAGUAUGAACAACACAGCUACGAUUAUUAUGUUCCAAUGAAAAUAAAUACAAAGAUGUUAAAUAAU